UCUUUCUUUCUUUUUUUUGGCCGUAGCAGCAGAAAAAAAUCACGAAGCCAGUUUUUUUUUCUUCUUCAACUACUACUUAUUUUACUCCUCCUCAACUUUUUUAUAAUACGACUGAAAAAUUUAUCAAUUGCUCAUAAAUUUGACCAGAGCGAACAGGAAAAAAGAAAAUUCAAUUUCAUACGGAAAAGGUUACAUAUAAAUGUAAUGCAAUAAAAAAAAGAAAAAAGUGUAAAUUAAUAAAUAUAUUGUGUAUAAGGCAAGGUCAGUACGGAAGAAAUGGAAAAAACUAAAAUGUUUUGUGCAAACUUCAACACGCGUAUGGAUGGUGGAUCAGGGUGUUGCGCUUAGAAUGUAAAAAAAAUAUAUAAAAUUAAUACAAAUUAAUAAUCUUCCCCCGCGAACAUACUACUAUUUAUAUUUAUUAUAACUUAUUGCCUGCCUGCCAGUGCACAAUACACAUAAUAUUAUUUUUUGUGUGUUUCUUUUGUUUAAUAAUUUUUAACGAGCAAAAAAUAAUAUGAUAAAGAAUACAAAGUUAAUGACUACGUGAGUGCAAAGUGAGUCCGGGAAUUAAAAAGAAAUUAUACUUUAAAAAUUAAAUAAAAAAAAUAUAUCUUUUUUAAAAGUAUAAAAAAUAAAAAAAGUAAGAAGAAGGGUUAAAAAGGAAAAGAGAAAUAUAGAAGACGAAGAAGAAGAAGAAGGUGGUUUAGAAGAAGAGAUGAUCAAUGAGAAAAGGAGGAUUUAAUGUCAGAGAAUUGUCAUCAAGAAAAUACAGCAGAAAAUACCACAAGAGUAUCGUUAAAAAGGCAACAAUAACAACAACAACAAAAUAAAUAUUAACAGGAAACUUGUAGAGAAAUUUUUUAAAUAACAACAACAAACAGUUUUCCUGUCAAAACAUUUUACACCUAACAUUUACAUAUACACAAACAUGUAUACUUCACCAUUUCAUUAUUCUACUAUGAGGCCUCAGCCUCCGGGGAGUGGACCGACAUUAGAUGAAAAUGCAGAAGAACUACGUAAUGUAGAAUGGUAUUGGGGCAAAAUUAGUCGGGAGGAUGUUAAAAACAUACUAAGCGGUAAACCAGAUGGUAGUUUUUUAGUACGUGAUGCUCUGUCCAAAGAAGGAGAAUACACCCUUACUCUCAUCAAAGAUGGCACGGAAAAAUUAAUAAAAAUUUGCCAUUUAAAUGGAAAAUAUGGUUUUGUGGAUUGCAAAUUCAACUCGGUGGUGGAGUUAAUCAACUACUAUAAGGCAAAUUCUUUGAAACUUUACAAUAAAACUUUGGAUAUUACCCUAAGCAAUCCCAUUAUACGUCCCAUCGAAGAAGAGGAACUACAGCCCAAUGCCGAUUUACGCAUAAUGGCCGAACAGUUUUUGGUCAUACACCAUCGACUCAAUAAACAUCAACAGAGUUUGGAUCAAAAGUUAAAAAUUUUCAAAUCCAUUGAAACCGAAUUAAAUGAUAAAAAACUGCAUCAGGAAGUAUUUCUAAGGGCGGAGAAAAUGUUUCAAUCUCAAAUUAAACUAUUGGAAACAUUUAUCAAUAGUAAACCGCAGGUCGGUACAAAUACGAACCUCAAUUCCUCUACAACAACGAAUACAUUGUCAUCGUCGUUAAAUACAAUCUCCUCUUCCGCCGCCGCCGCCUCUGCCACAAUAAAUUCUCAAACUACCCGCCAUUUGGAACAAGAACAGUUGCAGCUUAAUGCUGCCGCUAUGAAGGCUCAUCUCAAUGAUCUCUGUGCUGAAAUGAACAAGCUAAAUCGUUAUGUUGAAAGUAAGAAAGAAGACUACAAAGCAUUGGAACGACAAAUUAAUGCAGCUAAACCGGAAUUACAAACUCUUAAUAUGAGAAAAGAGAAAUAUAUUGAACGUCUCAAAGAAUUCGGCAUAACGGACGAAGAUAUUAAGGAAUUAAUUGAAAUGGGUUUUGAGGCCUGGCAACAGCGUUACGAAAGUGUAUCGAAACAACCGCACAACGAUGAAUCAAUGUGGUUUCUACAGGAUAUAUCACGACAGGAUGCCGAAGAAUUACUCUGCGGUGCACCGACUGGUACUUUUUUAAUACGCGCCCGUUCUGCUGGCCACUACGCUUUGUCGAUUGUGUGUAAAAAUUGUAUAAAUCAUUGUAUUAUCUAUAAAACCGAAAGUGGUUAUGGUUUUGCAGCACCCUACAAUAUCUAUCAUACCCUUAAGAAAUUAGUCGAACAUUAUGCCAGCAAUUCACUGGAGGAACACAACGAUACACUAACCACCACCUUAAGUAUACCGGUUAUGUAUUGGCAUCAAAAUAAAGAACUGAUAACACAACAGUUAAAAGAACAAAUGGAAUUGGAGAGACAACAACAGGAAAUGGAACAACAAUUGCAAGAGGAAAUGAUUAUGCCCACACCAACCAUGCCAACGAUGGCCACCUCAGCACCUAUAGCUGUAACGGGGGCCUCAUCGUUAAUGUCUGUCAAUGAUAUGGCAGCUAGUCAAACGCCGCCUCAAGCACAUUCCUAUGGCAGUAGUAGUGGUGCUGGCAUUGGUGGUGGUGGCAGUAGUAUUGGUGGUGAUAGCAUUUUAGGCGGUGGCGGUGCUAGCAGUUAUCCCGGCAGUAAUCUGUAGUAGUUUUGACAUUCAAUUCAAAAUUUGAUUGAAUGACUAAUUGUCUGUUUGUUUGUUUGAUGAUCAAACAUAUAUACAUAUAUAUAUUUUUUUGUAGUGGGUAAGUUUUGAAUGAAAAAAUGAAAACAAAAACAAAAUGUUUUUUUUUUUUUUGCAAAUGAAAACAAAAACAAUGAAAUCAAAUUUAUAUUAGUAAGUGGUGCUUGAGAGAGAAAUUACAAAUAAUCUCUUUUACUAAAGCUACAGCUGGCUGUUGUUUGUAUGUAUAAAUUUAUCUCCCCUUAAAAAACCCAGUUUCUUUUUUUUUGUUUUUGUUGGUUUUCAUUUGUCAAGUAAUACAAGGGAUAAAUCUCUCUUUGGGAAAAAGAUUUAUCUUUAACAAAAAGAAAAUCUUAAUAACUUUAAUAAUAUAUUUUUAUAUAUAUUAUGAUUUUUUUUUUUUGUCAAAAAUUUUUAUUUUGCCUCUAAGGUCCAAAUAACUAAUACUUGGACUUAAAUAUUUGUAAACAAGUCAAUGUUUGAAAAAAAAAACAAACACAGAUUUUGUAAAAAUCGUUGUCGGUGCAUUUUGGGUGAUAUAUUAAGUGACCAUGAGUAAAACAAAAA